AUGAUGAUAACCUCCUCUUCAUCUUCGUCCAAUUCCGCAGUAGCAGCAGCACCGUCGCCAUUAAUCCCGACAAUCAUUCUACUCCUACUAUGUCUUCCUGGUCUCUUUUACUUAGCCCCACACAUCCUCCCUCCCCCGCCAACACCACCCAUCUCCUUCCCCGAGGAACUUGAAGAUCUUUCCCUUUUCCGGAGGGCCGCUGCCGUUGAAUCAAACGCAAACAACCCAUCUAGACCUAAAUCCCAUCUCGGAUCCACCAAUUCUAAACCCAAAAUCGCCUUCCUCUUCCUCACAAACUCCGACCUUCACUUCGCCCCUUUAUGGGAACGGUUCUUUAAUGGCAACAAAUCAAAUCGUCAUCUCUACUCUUUGUAUGUUCACGCCGACCCAACUGUGAAGACCAAAAUCAAAAGCCCUGGUGGGAUUUUUUCUGAAGAUCGAUUCAUUACUGCUAAGAAAACUCGUCGUGGAACCGCCACUCUCGUCUCCGCCGCUCGUCGUCUCCUUGCCACCGCACUACUCGACGAUCCUUCUAACGCGUUUUUCACGCUUAUCUCCCAGCAUUGCGUACCCCUUCACUCUUUCAACUUCUUUUACGAUACCCUUUUCGAAGUUAAAUCGCAUCAAAUAGCCGAAUUGCGACAUUUGAAGUACAAAAGCUUCAUCGAGAUAAUUUCCAAAGAUCCCAAUAUUUUGGACAGGUACAAUGCCAGAGGGAAAGGCGUGAUGGUUCCCGAAGUUCCAUUUAAUAAAUUUCGAAUGGGUUCACAGUUCUUUACGCUGACGCGGAGGCACGCACUGCUGGUGGUCAGUGAUCGGCGGCUAUGGAAGAAAUUCAAGCUGAAUUGUCUGAGGCCGCAAUCGUGUUACCCUGAAGAGCAUUAUUUUCCAACAUUGUUGUCCAUGGAGGAUCCAGAAGGGUCCAUUGAUGAACAUGGCCACGGAAGUCAUUUUCCGGGACUGAAUUCUUUUGAGUUUUCUGCCAUACACCCAAGUGCUACUGGAAACUGUAAAAAAAAUGGCUAGUUAAAGGGAUUCAUGCCUAAAUCUCAAAAGUUAAAAACCAGCACAAAUGCUCAAGCAAGAAGAAAAAGAAGAAGAAGAAGAGGUGUUGACAGAAGACAAUGAGCAAACAAAGAUGUGGGGUUUGGAGUGUGUAACAUAAGCUAAUCAUCCUCUGCUAGUACUAAUUACUUGGAGGUCGGUGUUGUCCUUAAAGUGGAUUUUUUAUUUUAUUUUUUACUUUUACUUAACUUGCACUCAGUUUCUCCUAAGUUUUCUUACUUUUACCUUCCAUGUUUCUUGUGUAAUUCUAUUUCUUUGACAAAAUUUUGAAGUUAAGUUACCUAUUUGUUCAUUAUAUAUGUUGUAAAUAGUUUGAUUUGUUUAUCUUAUUAUUUUGUACGGAGU